AGUAAAAGUACCUAGGUAGAUAUAAGACAAUACCUAAAUCACAUAGAGAUACCGAGACACCCACAUUCUUAAUAUCCAAAACCAUGGCCUCCAAAACCCACAAAGCCCUUGUCACAGUUGCUCCCCGAGCCCCCUUUGAGAUCCACGAGUAUCCCACGAUCCAGCCCACUGGCGACGAGAUCAGGAUUCACGUCCAAUGGAGAGCCUCCACCCCUCUUGAACUCCACGAGGCCGACGGUGGACUGCUGCUUGAACCACCUCAAAGAACGGGGCGGACUUCCGCAGGCAUCGUCGUCGAGGUAGGACCCGACGCGAAGCGUCUCAAAGUCGGCGGCAAAGUCUUGGGCUACGCGCACCAGAAGCCCAGCUGGCAGGCUCACCAGGGAGUACGCCACAGCCCCUGAAUGGGCGUUCGGUAAGGUACGUAGCAUCCCUUUAAGAAGAAGAUAUGAGUUUUUUUUUUUUUUUUUUUUUUUCAUAUAGCAUCCCACCCCUAAUCAUCUCAUCC